UUGUACGUCGCGGCCAAAUCGCAGGCGACAGAGCGGAGAAGCAUCUGAACAAACUCAGAUAAUAACUCAUCAAAAUGUCCGGACGAUCAGUACGAGCAGAAACACGAAGCCGUGCAAAAGAUGAUAUUAAAAAAGUCAUGGCGGCGAUCGAAAGGGUCCGUAGAUGGGAGAAAAAGUGGGUAACUGUGGGAGACACUUCCUUACGGAUCUUUAAGUGGGUUCCUGUGUCAGAGACGAAGCAGAUAUUUAAAGCAAAAGGCCCAGGAGGGGCAUCAAGGGAACUGAAAGGCUUUCCUACAGAUGUGGUGCUAGAAAAUGCUCGCUCGGUCUUACUGGAUUUCCAAGAUGACAAUAGUAACCAGAGUUUCUUGUCGGAUGCCUAUCAAUCGAAUAACAAAGUGGACAGCAGCACUAACUCUAGUCCACAGCAUGUCAGUGGGGCAGUGAGCCCUACACACACACCUUACUUCCGCACAGAGGACUCUCAGCCACCCACCCUGGGACAGGAGGCCAUGGAGGAGCCAUCAAUGACCAGUAGUGAAGUCACUGAUGAACCUCCAACUCUGAUAAAAGAGGAUUUACUGCCGCUAUCUGCUCAGGAGGAUGAAGAAGUGGCAGUUGCACCGCCACUGAAAAGAGUUUGCACAGAAUAAAUGGCUUUUAUUUAAAGCCGAGUCUUAAGAUGGACACACCAUGAUAAGCAAAGCUCACCUGGACAUGUGGGACUGAAUUGAGCAGCCAUGUUGUGAACUGUUGUGAGCGUCUGUUGGUUGAGUUAGAAUUUGAUAAUGAAACAAAGAUAUCAUUACCAGGACUGAUUCAGUAACAUUAGCAAGCAGUUAAUAAAAGAAACUACAAAUCUCUAGCAAAACUCUACAAACUAUGAGAUGGUUGGAAUUUCAUUUAGACUUUUGCCCCCCAAAGUUUUUUCAUAUAUUUACCAUGAAGUAUUUACUUGAAGACAACUCUGUAAGUGUUAUAUUUGUUGUAAAUAACUCGGUGUGGGAGAGAACACUAUAAAAGUAUAGUGUGUCAUGAUAUCAAGUAGGUGCUUUUUAUGACAUUAAGUAUCUGAUCAUUUGUAUUGCAUUUUCAAGCUUUUCUACAUUUGCAUAGAAUAUUUGCUUUUUCUUUCAUUGCAUGUGCUGCUUUAUUUUAUUUAUUGUAGAUUACCAAGCCGGAUUUAUUUACUAAAUUUAGCCGUGGUUCAUGAGUGCAGCAAAGUUAUUUUGAACUCAGCUCAGGUACCGUAAUUUGAAAUGUUAAAUUGAUCUUUCAGUAUCAGAGAGAAUGUGAUACAAACAGAGAAUAUAGCAAAAAUUUUACAUACUGUGCUGUGUGGUGUUGGACCAGCAUUCUAGCAAUUCCCUGUUUUCAGAUUGCACUGCACACAUGAAGGUAUUGACAUUUACAUGCUUUAAUAGUCUAUGAAAAUGUCUUUUUAGAAAAGAAAUUCUCUAUAAAAAUGAAAUUGUUGAAUGA